CGGCUGAGCAAACCUCAAAGCCAGCCUCUCUCUGUCUCGCUUGCUUUCUCCAUUACAUGAACACCUUGUACGGCACGACGAGUAUGUGCUGCGCCUGCGAGCCCAGACUGCUCACGCUAAAGAUGCCCACGGCCCCACACCGGCCUCAGCCCACUGGGCCUCAAUACUUCACUUUCGACCCACUCCCAGAGGUCGAGAUGAACUCCGCCUACACAAAAUCCUCCAGGAGCACCAGGAUCAAGAAAAGAUCCAGACGGGUCCUCUAUCCCCCAGUGGUGAAGCGCUACUUCCCCACUGAGGAGCGCAGCUUUGCCAAACGUCUGCUUGUGAUCUUGCUGGCCGUUGUCUUUUUCCAAAUAUACUGCGCAGAAGAGGAUCUCUCCCUUGCCGGAGCCUCCUCGGGUGCCGAGGAAGACGCCUCUGCUCUCUCGGUGGCAAGGACCAGGGAAUCCCAAUGUGAACCCUUCCUCCUGCAACAGCCUGUCACCACUGUGAGCUCUCUGGACACGGCGGGGGCAGCCAACACCACCAGCCUGCAGUCAGACAACCAGGAGACGUUCGCCUCCACCAUCAUAGACAUCACCCAGUUUCUGCUGCAGAGCCAGGCUGCUUUCUAAAGGCCUUUCCAGGCUGCAGUGCAGAAAAUUAGGGCUUCUCGUGGCCAAAGGUGGACUUUGGGAAGGAGGGGGCCCUUUCUUGUGCAGGGCUGGGGACAGGAAUGAGUUAAUGGCGCCCGGAAUCCCGCCUUCUUCUCCCGGGACUGGCUUGUUGAAGCAGCAAGCACGGCUGACACCAGAUUAAAUCGCCCCUCCGUCUGCAAAUGGGGAGGGUCGCGCGCUCUUCCUGCAACCGCAGAACAGACCUCUGACGUGCAAAGGGCGGGGAGGGGAUUAUUAAUUUAAUAUUUAUUAAUAUAAUAAUAAUAAUCCUAAUAUAAUAAUAUUAUUGUAAGGAUGUGUAAUUUAAACUGACUGUUAUUUAAGAUUGCAACGGGGAGUUUGCAAGGGAAAUGCUGGCUUGCGCGCUGUGCUGAAAUUCAAAAGAGGAAAAACUUGUAACGUCUGUCUCCUUAGGACGGUUAGAGUAAAUUUCCUCGGGAAGGAAUCGAAAACACUAAUCUGAAUCAGACGAGAUUCUGGUUUGCUGAUGUGAAAUCUGAGUUUAUAAUCUGCUAAAAAAAUCAGGAUGCUCUUUGGCUGGUCUAAUAAAAAAACAAUAUUUGUAUGACUGGUAUAAGAAAUAGAAAAUUAUUUACUUGAAAAAUGUUGGGGGCGCGGCAUUUCUUGGGUUAAUGGGGGAGGAAACAAACCUCAGACAUUUUAAACCUAAGAAUGCCUUUCUAGAUGUCUUCUGUUCCGGGUAUCAGCCAGCACUGUUUCUUGCUAUGUGUGUUGCUUACCAUGUAAGCAUGCUCUGACUUCAGAGCAGUGACCAUAUCCAAAGAAGCAUUUCUGAAAACAGACUCAGUUAUUUAUUUUGUGAACUGCACUUUGCAUGAUAACACACUGUCCAUAUGGACCAUCUGACCUCUGUAUGUUCUGUGAACAAAUUAAAUAAACCUUUUAAAAA